AUUUGGACAAACAAAAACGCCGUGCUCAGAAAACGAGAGAGAGAGAGAGAGAGAGAGAGAGACGGAGACGGAGACGGAGACGGAGACAGGGAGAGAUGAAAGGAGUUGGAGGGCCAUUGUUGUGCAUAGGGGAUUUGCUAAGCGAUCUUGGAGAGAAAGAAGAUGAUGUUGUUAGAGCAAGCGAUCAUCACCCAUCCCACAAAGAAGCAGGUUCACCUUCUUCAUCUUCAAUUCCUGAUUCUGGCGAUACCCUUCAAUCCUCCUUGGAUCUUACCAAGCUUUUUCAGGAAAACUAUAGCCACUUGAAUAAGGCACUUGCUGGAACAGAUCACUCCUGGACAACUCCAACUCUAAAGUUAUGCACGGCUCUGGAAACUGCAAACGAGUUGGUCCAGUCCACCAACUCAAACGUCAGACUGCUGUCUGAGAAAGUUGGAGAGCUUGAGAAAAUAGUCAAGAGGGGAGAUUCUGCUGUUGCAGCAGCCAAGGCAAUUCAUGUUUCUUUGAACCAGAAGGGAAGUCCAUUUGUGGGCAGUAAAAAUGUCUAGUAGUUUAGAUUUCCUAUGAACCUGGUCGGUACUGUGCAUUUAUUGGAAUUCUUUUUCCUGUUUCAAUUUUUUUUCUCUCCUUAUAUAUGUAUUUGUUCUUCUUUUCUCACUGGUAAAUUAGCUACAACAAUCUAGAAUCUUCAUUUGAAUAGAAAUUACAGAUGCAGAGUAAAGUAUUA